AUGCUGUCUCUGUGGCUCGGAGUCAGCCUCCUGUCCUCAGCGCUGUCCCUGCCGCUCCCCCCGCUCCGCCUGACGUGUCCCUCUAAUGUGAGCCACACUGGGGACAGCCCGCUCCGCUAUACCUGCCACUGGAAGAGCUCCAUCAAAGUGAGCUACCGCCCCAGCCCAGGCACUGAGACCAGCUCCCCACCUCCCACCCUCUCCUGGUCCAUCAACCAGCGAAUCCUGGCUCUUUCCACCCAAUGGUCUGGGGAACAGGUCCUUCGCCAAGUGCCCCCUGACACCCCUAUCACUGUCAGCUACACCUCUGGCAGUUGCCCCGACUGCCUCUACCAGAAUCUGACUGUUAUUGGCACCAAGCUGCAGCUCACCUUCUUCCCCCUGAACUCUGACCAGGCCCCAGUCACCUUCCAGGACCUGGAGUUGGCCUGGUGCUCCAAUCUGAACAGCCCGUCCUGGGGCUACAGACUGUUGUGCCCCGAAGCCCAUCCUAACGAGACCGUUCUCUCCAGUGGGCAGACCGCCCACAUCCAGGGUGCCAGCUACCCCCCGGGGAAAGAGGCUGAGUGCUCCCAGAGUUUCCUGUACUCCAGCCCGGUGAUGUACCCCCAGGUUGGUCAGUACACCUGCACCCUGAGCGUGGCUGGUGGUCCCAGCACUUCCUCCACAGCCAGCCUGGUGGUGAAGCCAGACUUGAUGCACCUCCUCAGUGCCCAGUCUGGCCCGCUCCAGCCGAGCCUGAGGAUGAGCGUGGGUCACGAACUGCGGGCAGACAACGGGUUCCUGGCCUACCGGCUGAUCGUCCACCCCAGAGGGCAGAAGCCCUGGCGCCUCAGCUACCACCCCAAGGCCGUUGGGAGCGAGCUGUGCCGAUGCCCGUCCCACCGGCAGGACAGGUGCGUGGCCCAGUUGCUGCUGAAGGUCAGUCGCCCUCCAGGGGCCACACAGAACGGCGUGAUCUUUCAGGAGGGCACGGUGCGCUUCCUGAGCCACCACCAGUGGGUCUCGCUCACCCUCAAUGCCACCAUGGCAGGAACCACCUUCUACUAUGUGAGCUCAGAUAAUAUUCUCUACUACAGCAAGAGGGACAUUCCUGCGGGAAGGAACAGGCACCUCAUUUUCUCCAGGGAUGAUCAGGUUAGCCAUCUCUACCAGAUCGAUUACAACAGCCCCAGCCAUUACACGUUGACCGUCCAGCUGUACUUGAACCUAGGGGCGACUGUAUACAGUUCCCUGGAGGAUCUGGAUGUGGAGCUUUUCCUAUACAACAACGGCCCCACUGAGGUGGGUCUCCUCGCCAACGUGGUCUGGUUCAUUCGCCAUCAGCACCCGGCCACUCACUGCGCCUGGGCCUUUGAGUUGGCCUAUGGCAGUACAGUCAGUCUGUACACCUACAGGCGGCAGGUGGCACACCCGGCCAGCUAUAUCCCCCAGGUCCAGCUCCCCUUCGACCCCAAGGACUACAGGGGUUUCCUGGCCAAGGUGAGCUGCAGGGCAGCCGGGGAGAAGGUGCUCAGACUCCGGGCCAGGCUGGGCAGUUACCGAGUUGCCAGCCGAGAGUCGGUUCUGUUCUGCCAGCUCGCCGGCUGCCAGCUCCCUUUACCCAGCAUCGAGCACCCACCACCCCCUGACACUGUCAUCCGGAGCCCCCGGGGCACCCCACUCACGGUUUACGGAGACUCGGGUUUGCACUGCGAUAGGAUUAAUUCGGUGAGCAUCUCCUGGAAGGUCUACAGCAUUGCAGACAAAGAUGCUCAGCCAAACUGGAAUGUAAGUGUGACCCUCCCACCCAGUGUACGGACCAGCACAGCCACCUUUCAACUGCCUGCUCACAGCCUGGACUAUGGUUACUAUGUCUUCGUCUUCAACGUAACCAUGUACACUACAGAUCCCACUCUACCGUCUCUCAACAACUCACGCCAGGUUGUAGUGGAGGUGGUUAAGAGUGAGCUGCUGGCUGUCAUUUCUGGAGGCUCUUACAGAAUGGUGAGUGUGGAGGAUACCAUCACGCUGGAUGCUUCCCAGAGCGCUGACCCGGACUCUCCCGAUCCACACCUCGGGCUGAGCUUCUCCUGGUACUGCACCAUGACAUUUACUGACUAUAGCUCCAUGACACUCUCUGAGAACCAGUACUGUCACCCUGGCAACCCAGAGCUCAGAUGGAACUCCGCCAAGCCUGAUUCCUUGGUCAUCCCUGCCCAUGUGCUUAUUAUCAAAAAGUACUUCUACUUCCGACUGGUGGUUCAGAAAGAUACGAGGAACAGUCAUUUUGACCAAACCAUUUCUGUGCACUCCGGCUUUGUGCCCCAGAUGUCUAUAGCCUGCAUUGAGAAUUGUCGGGAGUACCUGAUUACCACUGAACGCUUCAUUUUGAACGGGACUUGCUCCAACUGCCCGAGGUCCAUUAAGCUGAAGUACCGCUGGAGCCUGCUCUCAGCGAGCGCUGUUUCCGAGAUCUUGGUCAACUGGGCAAUUGAUAGCGCCACAGGGAACACAUUGCCUUAUGUGUCUCUGAACCCCAUGUCCUUAGAACACUUGGCUGAUGGAUGGUAUAAUCUUGAACUGAAAGUAACUACUUCCAUUGGUUCCUACAGCAUCAGCCGGCAUCGUUUCUACGUCAAUUCUAUUCCAAGGGGAGGACAUUGCAUUAUCAACCCAAAACAGGGCUGGGCGCUCUACACUCAAUUCACCCUGACUUGUUUGAAAUUCGAGGACAGUGAUCUCCCCCUCAGCUACACGGUGUUUGCAAAAACCUACCAUCAGACUGGCAGCAUUGACAGUCUGAAUAAUAAUGUUCUGGGUACCAUUGUGUAUUUUGGAUUCAGUCCGAAGAACCAUCCAUUUCAGCUGCCAGUGGGGAGCAGUUCAGGUGACCACCAGCUGGUUAUCGUGGUGCUGGUGACUGACAGCCGUGGUGCCUACACAAAGGUGUACCUGAGGGUCAAAGUAUAUGAGCUCCCACUUGACGCAGCCCAGAAAUCUCUGGUGGACCAAUUGUCCAAUUAUAUAGAAGGAACGACAGCACCAUUGACCACUCUGCUCCAUGAGACACAUUAUAUAGAAGCCAACAAGCUGCUUUAUGAAAUCGCUUCGGAGCUAAACAUUCACAGUUUUGUGGGUAGGGACAUUCCCAGGAUCCAGAGGCUGCGAAAAACCUUGGUCAAUAUCUCCACCAGUAUUCCCGUCACAUCAUCCCACCUUAUCAACCAGAUAUCCGCCACAAUUUUCCAGGCAACGCAGGUACCAGCCCAGGUCAGCCAACAGGCCCAGCGCCUCUCUAUCCACAAAUUGUUGGAACUGGCUUCCGUCCUGCUAAACUACACUACUGAAGACCGUAUAUCAUCAGAACAGACUGAGCAGCUGUCCUGCAGUAUCCUAACAGCAGCCUCUAAUGUGAUGGCUGCCUUCUCCUUCCAGUUCCCAACUGAAGGCACUGAGAAAGGAGUCCCGCUCACCACAGAGCAACAGAGAGUGACCACCACCAUCUUCCCCACCUUGAAAAUCCUGACCGAAGCAGUGUCUCAGCGCAAAGUGCCGGGGCAAAGGGAUACCUUGAUGGAGACCAGACAAUGGGAAAUAACCAUGAAAAAAGUUGACAUGGACAAAGUGGAGGACUCCUUUCGUCUUGACACAGAUUGUACCAACUGCAUUUACCCAGAGCUGGGAAAGAUCUCUGUAACCCCUCAGUCGGUCUCUACUGUCUUUUAUAAGUUUGAAGAGAAUCCUUUACCUUGGCUUGGGAAGGCAUUGAGCAUUGUUACAGAUAUCACCAGCUUCGACAUGAUCUUCCAGGAUAGCAAUGGAACUGUGCACACCUUGAUCCCUGAACAAGUGGAGUCUUUUAUGAUCAGGAGGGACAUUGUGUCCCUUCAGCCCAUCAAAUUGGUUGUCGACCCUCGCAGAAGUGAUGUGGUCACAGGUCAAUUCACGGUCACCAUGACCUCCACUUCUGCUCAGCUCGUCCUACUGCAGUUAUUUGCAGAUAUUGACCCCAUCUACACCGUCAGCAUCUACUCUGGAGUGGGGGUCUCCAGCACAAGUCUAGCACAGAAACAUACCAUACCAGAAUGUAGCUCAGGGCCGGAUCGUCACAGAAACAACUUUGUGCAGAAUCCUUACAUCAUCAGCAUUCCAAGCAAGAUCUUCAAGAAGAAUGGGACUGAACUGAGCAGCAAAACCUACAUCACCGUCACUGUUGAGACAAAGUAUCCAAACCCUCAACUAAUCAUUGAAGCUGGGCUCAAUGUCUCAGUUUUUGUUGCAAGCUGCUUGACCUUCGAAGGCAAUUCUGAUAAGUGGGAUUCUUCAAGCUGUACGGUCGGUCCUUUCACUAGCAACAAGAGAGUGCACUGUAUCUGUAAGAGAGGUGGCAAGCGUGCCAGGAAGAGGACCCUGAAUGUGAAGGUGCCCUGGUUCCUCACUGGCAGUGUUCUGGUGUUGCCUGAAAUUAUUGAUCUUCUGGAAAUUGGCGAACUCAUUCAGACUCUGCCAACCAACCUGGUGACGCUGAUUACAGUUCUGAUCAUUUUGUUCAUCUAUGCCAUCCUGCUCUGGUGGGCAUGGCGGAAGCGGAUGAGCGACAAGAAAAAGAUCAUCAUUCUUCUCGACAAUGACCCCUGUGAUGAGGGAUGCUACCUCGUGACCUUUUACACGGGGGGUCGCCUUGAUGCUGGGACAACAGCGGACGUUUUUUUCACUCUGAUUGGCAAGUCUGUGGAGAGCGAAGUCCACCUUCUCUACCAUCCAGACCACAAGUGCUUCAGGAGAAACAGCGUGGACACCUUCUUGCUCACCACCGAAGAGGACCUAGGCGAGCUCACAUUCAUCAGGGUCUGGCACAACAAUGUGGGAAUCUCACCAACCUGGUACCUCAGCAGGGUGAAAGUGCAAAACGUGCUCACCAAACAGUGCUGGCAUUUCUUCUGUAGGAAGUGGUUAGGGACCAUGAAAGGUGAUGGGCUGUUGCACAGGACCUAUCCCGUCACAGACCCUGAAAGCUUACUGAGGAGAAAGGAUGUCUUCCUCAUUGAGACAUCUAGCAAGAUUGAGAGAGAACACUUGUGGUUCUCCGUCUUUGCCUACGACGUUGACCAGACCUUCACCCGGAUUCAGAGGCUGUCCUGUUGUUUGACCAUGUUGCUAUCCAGCCUACUGCUCAGCCUCAUGCUGUUCCAAGAAAAGGAGGCGGAACACUAUCUGAAGAAGCUAGUGAGAUCGUUGGUGAUUGGAAUGGAAAGUGCACUGGUGAUGGUGCCAGUGGAAAUGUUAAUAUCGACACUGUUUAUAUUGGCACAGAGAAAAGACACUACUUUAAGGAUUACCAGAGAAGGUGGAGAACAUGAAGCAAUCCAAGGCACUGAUAACAGCCUGUCUACAAACCCUGACAUGAAUCCAAACAACUUGAGGGAGAGGUUGAAGAAUUGGUAUGAGAGGGAAGAAGAGGCCAGUGAACCUGAAGAAAGUCCUAAGGAAAUGACAGAGACGUCAGACAAUGAGCACUAUGACCUUUUAUCCUACAUGGCGGGUAUAGACAGUGUCCUAGGACCCUCGGCAAAAAAGAAAGAUAACUGUGUGGUCCCAGAGUCUGGGGCCAAUCAGAUUAUCAGAGAGGAGAGCACUGGCAAGGUGACCAAAGAGAAAAAGAUACGCUCAAUAAAGCCCAAACAAAUGGGGCGCUCUCGUCAAAAGAAAGCCACACUGCGCAAGAAGGCACAAGGCCAACCUGGCAAACCUGCCAGAAAUGUUGACUCACAAAACAAGGCAAGUGUCAUAUUGUCAAAGUGCCUCUUAUAUUUAGUUUGGUGCCUUGUGUGCCUGAUCUCUGCAGUGUCCUCUAUAUUUAUUGUGUUAUAUGGCCUCUCGUAUGGUGUUGAGACCUCCUGGCUUUGGCUCAUGGCCUCUGUCGUUUCUUUCAUCCAGGGUGUCUUCCUCUUGCAGCCUCUUAAGAUCAUGGCCUUCGCUGCUCUGUUUGCCUUAAGACGUCGGCGCCCCCAGGAUCUAGACUGGUCCACAGGGAUCCAAACAUUGGAGAUCAGCAAAGACCUGCUUCCAAAGAAUGACCCCGACUGUGUCCGAUCAGAGGACCACAUUCGGAAGCCAUACAGACCGCUGGAGGGUGAUGAACUGAUAUUGGCGAGAAAAAAAGGCACCAUCAGACAUCAAGCCUUUGUGUUUUGUAAGGGUUUCCUGUUGCACAUUGCUUUCCUUGUACUCAUCCUGUACUUGGUGUGCUCCACAGACUACAAUAAUGCUUACUACUACAAUUGCAUCAUUAAGAAUAGAUUCUCCCAGAACCUGGAGAAGGUGAACACUGUCCAACAGUUCUACACCUGGAUGAGUGUCACUUUCCUGCCACUUAUUCAUGAAAACUCAAAUCCAGCCUUUUUGUCUGAAGCCUAUUCCAUUAUCCUGGGCCUGCCAAGGAUGCGUCAGGUCAGAUCUAAACAUGGGUCAGUUGAUUGCUUUUGGAAAACCAGUGUCCUGAACACCAUCCUGACCAAGCAUCGGUGUCGGCCCCUGUUUAAUGUCCACCAACAGAAUGUCGGGAACUACAAUGGCUCCUGGCAACAGCCCAUAGGAGCUGUGCUGGUGCAGCACCCACUGGAUUACACAGGCUGGAUAUUUGAAAGUAUAGAUUCCCCUUGGUUAUACUACUCACAUGGGAUAUAUCAUGUGUAUCCACUGGGCGGUUACUCCCUCUACUUCUCCCCAAAAAACUUACAGGAUUCACUGGUAAGAUUUGUGGCUCUGCAGAACAAUAGCUGGAUUGAUAGAAGUACCUGGGCUAUCAUCACUGAGACCACCAUCUACAAUGCAAACGUUGACUUGUUCUGUACCAUCUCACUGAUUUUGGAGACAGCCCCUCUUGGUGUGAUCAACAAGAAGUUGGUGGUGAAACCUUUCACCCUCAGGCUCUUCGAGAGACAUGAGAAAAACUGGAUUCUGCUCAGCGUCCUAGUUAUUACUCUGUUUGUCCUGUUUGUCAUAGACGAGUUUCGGAAAAUAAGGCAGAAAGGAUACAAGUAUUUCCAGAGUCUGAAGAACAUUGGCAGCCUGGUGAUGACCGUGCUGCUGUUGGUGACCAUAGUCCUGUAUGUGGCCAAGUAUAUAUUGUCACAGCAUAUGCUGGAGUUCUAUAAGAACAACCCAAACACUUUCAUUGCUUUUCAUGUUAUUGCUGCUUUGGAUCAACUACUCCGGUUCAAUGUCACAUUCCUCAUUUUUACCACCACACUGAAACUUCUCAGGUACACACGCUUCCUUUAUGAUGUGCGCCUGGCCCAGAAGGCCAUUUUUAUAAGCCUUCCCGCUAUUUGCUCCCUGGCCAUAAUCAUGGCAGUGUAUUCCCUUAUUUUUAUAUCAUUUGGUUACUUGCUGUUUGGUCAAUUUGAUAAGAAUUUCAAUACCAUGAUCCAUGCAGCACAGACUGUUGUGUCCUAUCACAUUGGCGAUUUUAACAACACAGAGUUUACCUACAGCAAGGUUAUCGGUGGCAUCUAUCUGAUGUGCUUUCUUUUUGUGAUGCACUGUGUCCUGAUCAAUCUCUUUGAGUCAGUGGUCAUUCUGUCUUACGGAGACAUGAGACAGUUCACCCACGAGAGGCCAUCUAAGGAAGCAGAGGUGGCCCACUUCAUAACGCAAGAGAUUAGGCGUGUCUGGUAUACAUUGAGGAAAAAGCCACCUCCAAAUGAUGGAAAGAAGCUUCUGGGAACUUUAUUUUAUGGGCGUGCUUCUGAAAACACUUAUGGGUUAAAGGAAAAGAGAGUGAAAGGGAAGAGGCUGAGCUACUUAGUUAUCUGACUGCUGAUACUUCCUAGUUAACUGUCUGUUAGUACUUUGCUGUUUUUUUUUCUUUCUUUCUUUCUCCAGUAUCCCGUCACCAAGCCACCUUUUAUUUACAUGUGGAAAGUCCUUGACAGUGCUUUGCUGUUAUAUGCCUGCUAAUACUUCUUAAUUGUCUGUCUGCUAAUACUUCCUAUUUAACUGACUACUCAGAGCUACUGGCUAAAAAUCUUCAACAGGAAUGUAAUGCAAAGAAGAAAGGAAGAGGAAUAGGGCUUUGUCCUUUGGAGAAGUGAUCCUGCUUAAUGUUUUUAUAUCUUUUAUAUUUUGAUGAAAAAUAUUUUCUUUUGAUGUGAUCUUUUCUCAAACUACGUCACUUGAUAAAAAGAUCGUUUUUA